AUGUUGCAAGCGGGCUUGCUGUUCUUGGUCAUGGCCUCAGCUUCAGGUGUUCCAACGCAAGAGCUAGGCAUCGUCGUGGCUCGGUUCAAGGAGCCACUCGAGCCUUGGGCACCACUGGCCAGCAACACAUACCUCUACUCCAAGGGAGGUAUUGGACAGGAGAAUUAUACUGACGUCAUGAUCUUCACCCAAGCCAGUCCUUUCGAUCUGACGGGCCCGGUCGUCAACAACAGCAACGAGAUGGUCGCUGCAGCGAUGCAAGUCCCAGUCGAUGACGUGACGCCGUUCAACAAGCAGAAGCUGAUCCGUGACAAGGACGACUGGGAGGAGACCAACUGGACCGCCUCGGAGGAGAAGCCGUGGAUGACAGAGAACCAGCUCAAGACGCUGGCCAGGGCCAACUACACCCCCGCCGAGUUCUGGCGGUUUGUGCUCGAGGAGGAGCACCCGCCCGCUAUCCGGGCAAUGCAUGGAGGCAUCUUUGCUGUAAGGCGCGAGACAGUCCAGAGCCGGCCGGUCGAGGUGCAUCAAAGAGCACUGCAGAGGUUCGAGGAAGCAAUUGCGACGAACCCCGAGGUUGGAUUCUAUUGGGAGAGGACGUGGGCACCGGUUUUCUCGAAGCGGUAUUGGACGUAUCACCCCAUCAACGAGAGCUCCGAUCCGUUCCGAAAGUAA